CCUUUAGAAGCGAAAGAAUCAUUGAAAAGACUGAGAAAUAAAGACGCCGAUCUGGACCUGGAAAUAGACAGCAUUUCCAACGGAAUAGAAAGGCAAAAGACUGAACAGGGCCGUCCCCAGGAUCUACUUCUAGUUCCCAGCAACCGAAAAGCUAUCCUAAUUAUGACUGUUUUGAAUGCUGGUCAACAUCUUUCAUGUAUCAGCGUGAUGUACAUGAAUCUACACCCCAUCCUUAAUGCGGCUGGUUCCAUCUACUUAGACAACAACAUUACAGCGAUAGUAUUUGCCAUUAUCAUGCUGUUGGCCUCAAUUUUUGCGUCUUGUACCAUCGAUAAGUUCGGCAGGAAAAUCAUCCUCGUCGUCUCCAGUCUACUGAGCGGGUUCUGUUUGCUCGCCCUAUCAGUCUACUUCCAUUUGCAGGCGAUCGGCUUUGAUGUUUCCGCAGUUUCCUGGGUCCCAAUCGCUUCAGUCCUGGUCUAUGCUGGAGCCUUCAAAUACGGCCUGGGACUAGUUCCCAUUGUGAUAACCGCAGAAAUUUUCCCUGCUAAAAUGAAAGCCAUCGGAAUGACUGUGGCCGAUGUAAUGUUCGUUAUGGGCGGCAUAUUGUCGAUCCAGCUCUACCAAGUGCUGCAUAAACUGGGCAUGUUUGUGCCCUUUUACCUGUUCACGGUCAGCGCCUUUUUGGUUGCUCUGUAUUCGGGAUUUUGCAUCCCCGAAACUAAAGGGAAAAGUCUGGAGCAGAUUCAGCUGAUGCUGAAAGGCGACAACAUUUCAAAUAAGCCUGAGAAGAAUGGAGUUUGAGUUGGAUGUUUGAUCUGCGUGUUUUUGGCGGCUGAACUGGAGCAAGAGUUUUGCCCCAAACUGUCGCUGAGUUGUACAUUUUGUAUGUUCUGCUGUCUCAAAUAUAUUUGUAUUUUUUUAUGCUAAA